AUGACGACUGGGCAAGUCGGUGGCUUCUGGGAUGACAAGCAGUGCUCAGAGAAAUUUGCCUUUAUCUGUGAGAAACUUCGGCCAGACAUCAGCCCACCCACCAAGGCCCCAACCCCUCCUCCUGUACAGGGCUGCGCUAAGAGCUGGAUCUCCAAGCCCAUUUUCAGGAAUUGUUACAGGCUCUUCCACAAUGUGGACUGGUCCAUGAAGAAGAGCUGGGGGGCGGCACAUGAAGACUGUGUGGCAAGAGGGGCCAACCUGGUCAGCAUUCACAGUCAGGAAGAGGAGGAGUUCUUGUCCCUGUAUGGCAAAGGGAGCAGCAAGUGGAUUGGCCUGAAGAACAACCCCACAGAAGGAGGCUAUUCCUGGAGUGACGGUUCACCAGUCUCGCACACCAACUGGGGUCCCGGCGAGCCAAACAACCACGAAGGUCGUGAGGACUGCGUGGAGAUGGUUAGCAGCACUAACGGAACCUACUCCUGGUGGAACGAUCUCAACUGUGAUGCCCACCAAGACUGGAUAUGUAUGAUCGCCAAAGGACAGAACCCCCUCUACCCUCCGGUGCCCCCACCGCCGGUACCGGCUCCUGAUUGUGGCAGCAACCCCGGCUGGAGGAAGAACAACAACAUUUGCUACUACUACAACGACACGGACAUCGUGAACUUCCACAUGGCUAUGCACCGCUGCUGGGCCGAGAAAGCCAGGCUCGUCUCCAUUCUCAACAAGGACGAACAGGCAUACGUCAACAGCAUGGUGGGAACGGGUCAGAUUUCUGUUGCUUGGAUUGGACUGAGGAUGUUAGGGAUCACAGAUGGCCAAUAUGCGUGCGUCAUCCCUCACUGUGAGCCCAACAACGCUAAUGGGGAGGAACAAUGUGUUCAGAUGAACAGACAUCAAGGUGGUUGGAAUGACGUGAACUGCGGUCAAGCCGGAGCUGGUUACGUCUGCAAGAAGUUUCCCGGAAGUGACCACACCCCUCCUCCCCCUACGCAGCCCUGGGAGGGCUAUUGCCCCGCUGGGUGGAUGCGUUUCAAAGACAAAUGUUUCCUGUUCAAGGGAAACAAAAACGAUAUUAAAGCCAACUGGACGUACGCACGGAGUUGGUGCAAAGACCAAGGAGGAGAGCUGGCCGUUAUUGACAACCAGUAUGAAAAUGACUUUGUGUCCAGUUACUUAAAAGACAUGGUGCUUCCCACAUGGAUCGGCCUGUCUGACAUUGUGGUGGAGAAUCAGUACGCCUGGAGCGAUGGUGUGAGCCCAGUUCUCUACACCAACUGGAACGGCAAGGAGCCCAACAAUGCAGGGGGCACGGAACACUGCGUGGCCAUGACUCACAGUGAAGUUGUGAGCGGCAAGUGGAAUGACGAUGCUUGUCACAACGAGUACAGUUUUGUCUGCUUCCGGAAGAAAUCGAGCAGUAUCGCGCCACCUCCACCAACAAGCAGUCCGUGUCCCGCCGGCUACAUAUCCUGGUACCUCAACUGCUAUAAGCUGGUGGACGAGCCAGCGACCUGGGAUGAAGCUCAGAAGGCUUGCAAGCAGCAUGGUGCCAACCUGGUUAGCAUCGACAUGAGCUAUGACCAAGCCUUUGUCGCCGGGGUGGUCCUGCAGGGAAAAGCUGAUGCCUGGAUCGGACUGAGGCUCAAGGAUGACGGCUCAUUUGCCUGGACAGACGGCUGGCCAGUAUUCUUCACUCAGUGGGGUCCCGGAGAACCCGGCAACCUAAAGGACGAGGGCUGUGUAAGCAUGCGAGGCUCACCGUGGUUCCACGGCACCUGGAAUGACACCAAGUGUGACCUAGCCAAACCCUACAUCUGCAAGAUCUCUUCAGAGAAACCACCGGUGACUCCUACCCCAGGUGACGGGAAGUGCUUCCCAUUCUGGAUUCCAUACGGUGGCUACUGUUACUGGGUUUACAAUGAGCAGAAGGGCUUCUCCUGGCCCGACUCACGACAUUACUGCACAGAAUUUAAGGCCGAGCUGGCGUCCUUCCAUAGCAGGGCAGAGUUGGAGUUUAUCAGGAAUCUCAACCACACCAAAUAUCACAACCUCUGGAUCGGCCUCACCAGGGACCGCAACUUUGGCUGGGGCUGGACGGACAAAACCUCUCUGGGUUUCCUCAAUUGGGCUCCAGGUGAGCCCAAUGAAGCUUUUCACCCAGGCCAAGUGGCUGAGGAGAACUGCGUGGAGAUGUACCCUGACGGACGCUGGAAUGACAACGACUGCCUACAGAAAAGAGGCUUCGUGUGCCGUCACAGACAAUACUACACAACCGAUGAUGGCGGAAACCCCAUUUUCCCCACAGAUGGACCAAAUGUUUUCAACAGAGACGUGAUCAUUAUUGUGGUAGUGGUCAUUUUCAUCCUGCUAAGUGGACUGCUCUACUACCUAAUUGCCGUGCGAGGCAACAAAUUGUCCUGUCAAGGAUUCUCGACACGGACGAGUACUAACGUCAACAUGCCUGUAUUCAGCAACCCCAACUAUGAGUAGCGCACAUAACUUUUGACAAUGUGACAAUUAUCCGUUUCAUAUUUUAGACAUAGAGCAGGACCUCAACUUUCAAGUCCACCAACAUAGUUUUCCAAGUUGUGUUGAAAGAGCUUAAAUAGAAUGCGAGAUGACGGGAGAGAACAAACAAUAUCCUCAGCUCAGUCACUGCACA